AUGUCAGAAAAAUUUUAUCAUCAUGUACGUGAACAAUUACUUCAAUUAUUAUCAAGUAAAAAUGAAUAUAUACGUGUUAAUUCUAGAAAUUUUUGGUGUGAUUCAAAAGGUUUAAGUACAUCAUCACAUCAUCGUCUUAUUGCAUUAGUUGAUCAAUUAUAUUCAAUAAAAACUGAAAAUGAAUAUUUAAAUUAUUCUACAAAUUUACUUCUUGAAUAUCAACAACAAUCAUCUAAUUCAACAUCAUCAAUCAUUUUACAAACACAAGAAAUAUCAAAUAGACAACAAUUUAUUCCAACACAAAUGUUAGAUAAUAAUACAAAUUAUAAUUGGCUUAAACAAACAAAUACAUUAGAUUCAAUAAAUACAUUUAUCUUACCAACAUUAUCAACACAA